GUGUGUGUGAUGCUUCAUACAACAUGCUGGCUGCAGUUGAUAGGAGUUGUAGUCCAAAAUAUCUGGAGGUCAACAGGUUGGUGCAGUCUGAUGUUUGUGAGCUGAGCCCAGCAUGUCUGUGUUCAGUUGAGCUUUAGGUUAGGAAGCAAAGGAGGCAGCAAAUUUAGCUAAAUUUCCCCAUACUAUAUGUUUUGCUUUUUGGAGGAUAUAUUUUGCUGUGGUGUCUGUUUCCAGCAUAACUGUGUGACGAAAUGAAUUUAUUUGAAAUAUCUGCGUAUCCUACAUAACUGCCUGCAUCUUGGCAAUACCUGUGUACUCUGUAGUAUGGCAAUGAAAAGGGCAUGUCGGAUGUUUUAAUUCACCAAUAAGAGGCUGAAUAAGGAGGCAGUUCUUCGGAUUGUUUAUUAGAGAGCUAUUAUGAACCAUUGUCUGUCAACCUUAGCAUCCAUCUGAAAUGCAGAGCUCAUGAUACACAACGGUUAUAAUUCCCACUCCAUUCUACUAUGUGGGCAUAUAAAUGGGAGAUAGCAUUACAUCAUUAUAAGUUACUUGGCUGCAGCUUUUUCUAUCCACCUGCAAUAUGGGGAUAUACAGUAGACAUUGCAGGGUUGUAGUAAGCCACAUUUUCAAUAUUUGCCUCCCAGCUCCCAUCACAUGUACAUAAUAUAUCACAACCUCCCCUUUCCUUGUCCAUCACCUAUACAGGGUCUAUAGUACUGAACAGUUUGUUUUUAGAAACAAUUUUAGAAAUGCUUUUUCACAUAUAAGAAGGCCAGUGUUUGGAAAGGUUAGAAAUUGUUUCUUUGUGUCUAUAGUCGGUUUUUUGUUUUGUUUUUUUGCAACAAAAAAGUCUUUACUUUCUCCAUGAGCGACUGUCAUGUUAGCACUCUAAUGAGAGAGAGAGUUGCAUUGUCAAAAAUUACCAGCAAAUCUGGUCUGCAGACAAAGGAGCUGUCAGCCUAGUGCUUCUUCUGCCUGCACUUUCCCCCAGAGAAGUUAAUGGCUGCUAAAUGGCUUCUACAAAGCAGAAGCAUGCCUGGAAUUCUCCUAAAGACAGGAAGGUGCAACAUAUUGGAAGCACUGCACAAGUAACAGACAGAAACCAGAAUAACAGAUUCUCAAGCCUUCAGUACAGGUGGAGAUAUGUUGGAUUAUUUGUUCAAUCUGAGAAGAAUAGACCGGAAAGAUGGGUUGCUGGUCAGCUGGUACCAUGCUGCAAACCGGAAGAGUGAAAUGGAAGAGGCAUUGAAGAGUGACGUUAUGGCCUUGGAAGCCGAUGUCACCGUUGAAGCACACAACACACCCAAUGAGACAGACACGCCCAUCAUGGCCCAUCCACCUGACAUCUACAGUGAUAACACUCUUCAGGAAUGGCUGGAGGCAGUACUUAAGUCAUCCAAUAAAGCCAUCAAGCUGGAUUUCAAAAGCAUCAAAGCUGUUGGCCCAUCUCUGGAUAUAUUAGUAAAAACCUCCUCUCAAAUGAAUAUCCACCGACCUGUGUGGCUAAAUGCAGACAUUCUGAGAGGCCCAAAUGUACCUAUUAAUAUUGCAGUCAACGCAAGCCGAUUUCUCUCACUCAUCCAGGAGAAGUUCCCAGACUGCACUCUCUCCCCAGGAUGGUCAACCCUCUAUUUACCUUUCUUUCCAAACAAGACCUACACACAGAAAAUGGUUGAGGACAUGCAUAGCCUCGUAGGGAACCUCCCUCAGCGAAUCACCUUCCCUAUAAGAGCCGUCAUGGCAAGACCAGCCUGGCCUCAUUUGAGCUGGCUUCUCAGCCAGUCUGACAGGUACAGCCUGACUCUCUGGCAAGGGAAGACUGAUCCAGUUACAGUGGAUGAUCUCCUCUUUAUCCGAAAGAAUAGCCAACCUGAACAAAUCUAUUAUGACCUUUUUGAACCUGUGUUGAGUCAGUUCCGAGACUUGGCAUUUGAGACUAAGCACCAAGAAUCAGGGCGACCUCAUCUAAGUUAUACAUCUGAUAUGCGCUGAUCCAGCAAAGUUUCGAGUUUUUCAUUUAAUUCUGAGACCAGUAACCUUUCCCCUCUUGGCUCAUUGGCCAACUGAAGAGCUCCAGAAUAGCUUUGACACAGCAGAGAUUCACAUUGGGCAAGGCUCUUCUUGCUUUACAGCUUUUUCCUGCCCAGAGUCAGAUCACCAGCAGUGGUAUUCUCCAGAAUCUGGUUGACUUCCUUUGUUUUGCAGCUGGAUUGGCAGUUUAGCGCAUGGACUAGAUGUUCAGGUCCAAGUGUGCUUGUUCUUGGUUCUCAGCACAACAGGAAGUUCAACGUGGCAAGCACCUAGGCUGAUAUCACCAGAUCAACUAUUAUGUUUAAACUCUGCUACUUCAGUCAAUGUGUACACACAAAAAAGGAACCAAUUCAUAGUCCCUGAAGCAACUUCUACAACAAAUAGUAUCCUCAGCUUCUUGCCAUCUGGACAGUGCUGCUGCGUAAACAGCUUGGAAAUGCCAUCCCAUUUGGCUGAGACAACUUUCAAACUAGCAGAAAAGAUACAUGACAAAUGAAUGAAGUUGAACUAAACUCAUUCUCAGACUGUGGAUGUGGACGUUCUGAGGACACGGCUGGAGCAUCACCAAUGGGUUUGUACAUUACAAAAGUCAGUAGCUUUAGACAUUUAUUUAAAAUGUCCCAUUUUAGCUGAUAGUUAAGGUUUAGAAGAAAAUAAACAAUUUUAUAUUCUCUAUCACAAGUUGUGCUCAAUUCACUUUCACACUGAUUGGUUUACCUGUUUUUAUCUUCUUUCUGGACCUUAAAGUACUAGGAACUUGAUUUCUUUUAAAUUAAUCCCAAGGUACUGAAUUCUGUAUUUGACCUCAGCUUCCACACUUGCAUAAUGUGAAUGCAGAAGCCUGACAUACAUGUGCACCAAAGCAAGUAAACCCUAGAAGCAGGCUGACUUUGGCAGACAUUGUGUCUUGGGGGACACAACUGCUACCCAUACAGUGUGAUCUCAUGUACAAGAAAGAGAUCCACUGCAGUUCUCAGCUCUGCUGCUGAAGCAUGUAAACCAAUCCUUAACCAGAGUUAACAGCCUCACUGAUAUACCACCCAUGUUAUGGGCAGCUUCAGAACCCAGGAAUAUAUGUUAUGUGCUUAACAGUGUCAGCGCUAAACCCUGUGGAGCAUGAAAUGAGAAUUUGUUAACAUGCACAUAUAUAAUUAUAAAAUGGAGGCAUGCCACCAUAGCCUCCAAUAGCACCUGAGCAGUUUGUGCCCAAUAAAUGCAAACUC